GUUGUUUGUCGUGUUUAGGGGCGCAGAUUAAAGGAGCAGCAGGAUAUGGCCGCAGCUGUGAUACAGCGCUGUUACCGCAAAUACAAACAGCUAACAUGGAUAGCACUGAAGUACGCCUUAUAUAAGAAGAUGACGCAGGCAGCCAUACUGAUUCAGAGUAAGUUUCGCAGUUAUUACGAGCAGAAGAAGUUCCAGCAGUCUCGGCGGGCCGCCGUCCUCAUCCAGCAAUACUAUCGCAGUUAUAAAGAGUACGAGCGCGUCAAGCAGGGGCCGCGGGGGCCCGGGAGCCUCAACAGCAAGAUCAAAGGCUCGUUCCUGACCAAGAAACAGGACCAGGCCGCGCGGAAGAUCAUGCGUUUCCUCAGACGCUGCAGACACAGGAUUAAAGAGCUGAAACAGAGUAAAGAGCUGGAGCACAGAGGACUGACCACCUGACCACACACACACACACACUCUUUCAGUCGUGUUUACAGUCGUUU